AUGAGUCCCAAGUCCGAAGAUAGUGCAGCCUUUGCAGCUGCGGUAAGGGCAGCAACUAAAAACAUAGGAACAGUGAAAUCACUGACGCCGCUGACGACGAUAGAGAUUCUUGACCUUGAUGGUGUCUCUACCAAAAAUGACGUUUGCAAAGCACUCAUUCGGGACUUUACGACAAAACUGGAAAUACGACGAGUGAACUUGACCAAAGUCACAUCAAGAGGACAACGAGCGGCCUUCUGUGAGAUAGACGAAGCUAAUGCAAUCAAAGCCCUAAAUGGGGCCCGCAUAAGAAUUGGGUGGGUUAACUGUCGCAUUCGCCCAGUUGUUAAAGUAGCCCGCUGCUUUAGAUGCCUCGGUUUCGGACACCAAACGCAUAAAUGCGGGGGACCAGACAGAAGCAAGUGUUGCUACAAAUGCGGCGGGGAAAAUCACAAGUCUGUAGACUGCGCAGAAAAGCCAAAAUGCUUUCUAUGUACAGUAGACAAAGAAGAUCGAAACAGCGGGAGCCAUGUCGCCGGAUCCGGUACCUGUAAAGCAUUCCGUGUAGCACUUGCCGAAGCCACGAGAGAACAGAAAUGA